ACUUAGAGAAAAAUCUAGAAUGCACAUAAACUUUAAGGACUAAAUAAACAAAUUUCUCACACGGCAAGGCAAGUGGCAAGGCCGAGCUACAACGUCAAAAUUCAAGACCUAAAAUCCCCAAUUUCAAACAGAAGUCCACCUUCAUCAGUCAUCUCACCGGACGCAGUUUCUUCGCCGGCGACAAAUCCAGCUGAAAAAUUUUGGGAGGAGAAUCGAAGAACAACAAGAAAUGUUCGGAGUAGUUUUCCCGAACCGGAGCUUCCCAAUGGACAUCUCCUCCUUCACUCAAAUCGACACCACGCAUUGGCUCCUCGACAUGAACACUUUCGUCGGAGAAGCGUACGAUUCAAUCCGCGAAGUCUGCAUCUUCCUCCUCAACAACUUCACGCUCCCGCCGGACAAGGCUCUGGCCGUUUACAUCCAAUCGCCGGGAUCGCCGUUCCUCUUCUGCGGCGCCGUGACGCUGAGCCGCCCCUCCGCCGUGCUCUCCUUACCGUGGCCGGAGCCCGGCGGCGAGCUCCAGCUCACCGCCGACGCCACGCCGCUGUCCGCGAAGAUCGGCGUGUCCGUUGAGGAGCUGGCGACGCUGCCGUCCCUGGACGUGGCCGCGGAGAGGAAGAUCGAGCGGUUAGCGAUGAAAGUGGGGGAGAAUUUGUUCAAUUUCAUGCAGUCGUUUUGCGGCGUGGACGGGAGCAAGCUGAUCGUCCCCAUGGACAUUUUAGAUCGGUGGUUUAAGAAAUUCCAGGAACGGGCCAAACGUGACCCGGAAUAUCUCAAAGGUUUUGCUCUCUAGUUCUAGUUUCAUUCAAUUUUGUUUGUGUGCGUAUAUGCCUUCACAAUGAAAUCUAUGUGUUGUGUUGUGAUUUCUGCAAUUACAACCGCCUUCUUUCGCUCUAAACAAUUGAAAUUAGGGUUCUUCUUCCUCCACUGUUUCUCUCCACCUUCGCUUUGUAAAUUAAACUCUUUUUUUUUUUUUUUCCUUUAAUUUCUUCUUGAUCACUUCUCGAUGUCAAUGUUUGAUCUUGAAGGUUACAAUUUUACUUUGAGACUAAUUUAAAUUUGGCUUGUAUGAGCAAA